AUGUCGAGACGAGGGCAUCUCGUCGUAUUCUUGUUGAUUCUAUGGUUAUUCUUUUUUUGGAGUUUGCCACGUGUCACCAAAUAUGGUAGUGAAUCGUUGAUCGAACGCGUGUCAAUGCUUGAAAACGUGUCGGAGGUCAAAAUUGGCGGAAAAUGGAUUGUGGUGACUAGUAUUUCAACACCAACUGACAAUAUUAAGAGGUUGGCAUCGUUCAACGAUUGGAAUCUGGUGGUAGUCGGCGAUUCAAAAACGCCCGCUGAUUGGCAUUUGGACGGCGUUCAUUUUCUGUCGAUCGAUUUGCAAAAAUCGUUCGGCCUCGGUUUGCCUGCAAAUCUUCCGUAUAAUUCAUACACUCGAAAAAAUGUUGGCUACUUGUACGCAAUAUCGAACGGAGCGCAAUGGAUCUAUGAUACCGACGACGACUACAAACCAUUCGGACUCGGAUUGAAUCAAUUUCAAUUCGCCGACGUCGUUUCAAGCGUCGUCUAUUAUCCGAAAAAUUCGACCGAUUUCAAGCAUCGCCUAUUCAAUCCGUAUCAAUUCUAUGGCUCGCGCGAAAUGUGGCCGCGAGGUUUUCCAUUGGAGUACCUCAAAGAGCACACGAACGGCGAUGAGACGAUGGGAUUGUGUUCGAUGGUCCCCACGCCGGCGGUACAGCAAGGAUUAGCCCAUCAUGAUCCGGAUGUCGAUGCGAUUUACAGGCUUCUCCGCGCCGAUCCCAAAUCGGGUCUCAACGAGCGAUUCAACAAAUUCGCGCCGCCCAUCACCCUCUCGGUUGGCACCUAUGCACCAUGGAACUCGCAGAACACAUUGUUCCACAAGUCCGCAUUCCACACCAUGUUUCUGCCGACCAGCGUACCAUUCAGGACCACCGACGUUUGGAGGUCGUACUAUGCACAGCGCAUUUUGCAUCUUUCCGGACUAACUGUCGGCUUCACGCCGGUGAACGCGAUUCAGUAUCGAAACGCGAACGACUAUCUGAAGGAUUUUCACGACGAGCUGCAGGUUUACCAGGACGCUGGCAGAAUCGUGAACGAGAUCCACAAAUGGAAAUGCGAUUCAGGCGAUGUGCCGCGAUGCAUGAUCGAUCUGGCCGAUCGAUUCGUCGAGCUCAAACCCUGGGAGCCGACCGAUGCGCAAUUGAUUCGACAAUGGAUCAAGGAUCUUGAAACGAUCGGGCACACAUUUCCUGCAAUCAAUUCAAUCGAUCGAUCCGCCUACGAGAUCAGUCGAAAUGAGUCGUCGAGAUUGGUGAAUUGUCGCCGAAUUGGCCUUCAGCUCUGGCUGGAUGAUUCGCGACGAGCAUCUCAGAAGAUCGCCUACUGGAGCGACAUUGAUGAAUGGUGUCGAUUGGCGAAUUACACUGGAUUUCGCAAUUCAUUGCCAUCGCCGAAGCAGCUCGCCGAGCAACAUUCGAAGAAUCCGAUAUUGACGGCUCAUUCGAACAAUGUGCUCGUUGUGGUGAGCAAUUAUGCUUGGAAAUGGGCGAUCGGUUUGAUUCAGCGAAUGUAUUCUCCGUACUUCGGCGCGGUCAUCUUCUGCGGCAGCUACUACCCGGACGCAUAUCGAUCAACUGAUCGCGGAUUCCCGAAACCGUUGCGACCAUUCAUCUACGUGCACAUGAAUCCCGCCGAAAUGCACAACGGCUAUUUCGGCUACCACUGUCUGACAUUGACGAAAGAGCUGAUGUUGGCCAACGUCGGCGGCUAUCUGGUUGUGGCCGACGACGCGGUGCUCAAUGUGUGGCAGCGAAUCGACUUCUCGCGCGUGUUCCAUCUCACCGGCGUCGCCUACAUCGAUGACGAUCUUUGGUGGAAUGAGGAGGAGUUCGGUUUAGACGCCGCCUUGCGAAUUGUCAACGACGUCAAUGGCACCGACGACGAUGAGAUUCGGAACGUCUGGAAACAAUAUGAGACUGGACUUCGCAAAUUCGGCUAUAUCAAUGGUUCAAUGAGCGCGUUUGAUGAUCUACUUCAAGGAAAAUCCCGAAGCAUUUCCGACGUAUAUUAUGUUCCAUCGGAUCACAUUGAUUAUUUCGCGAGGCUUAUGCGAAUUUUCUACCGCCACCAACUUUUUCUCGAGCUCGCCGUCAAUCGAUUUUUGCGCUCGAUUCGACAUCAAACAUCGCGCGAGCUUACCAACAACUAUAUGUGGUCAAAUCGGCGCGAAUGGGCCGAAGUGUACAAUUCGUCGGUCGUUGCAAUUCAUCCGAUCAAACUGAGCAAAUUCGCCGAGCCGAAUGCGAAUCGCAAAAAAUUUUGCGGCACAAUUCUUCAAACGAUGCACAAUGUGCUAAUUAGGGAUUUGCAUAAUUAUACGAUGAAGGGCAAUUCGGAUCGCGAUUAUUUGAAUGGAUGA